AUGUCUUCCAAGCCCAACAACCAGGCUUCUGCCGAGUUCACAUCCUACUACCUCCAGCGAGCCACGCAGGAGCUCUCGGAGGACCUCGACAAGGUCCGCAACGCAGAGGACUUCAAGGCUGACUCGAUUCCUUUUCUGGUUCAUGCCCUUCAGCAGGGUGCGGGGCUUUUUUCGGCGGAGGAUCAGAAGAGAGUUGUCGAUGGGUCGAAGAGCAAGGAUGGAGAUGCUUGA